UCUCUAUCUGUCCACAGUGGAUCAUAUAACCCAAACACAAGUAUCCAACAAAAACAAAAGAUUGAUUUACGCUGUUAAGUUUAUCAACAUCACCGAAUUAAAUUCGAGCAAUUAAUUAAUUUAAUCCACCUCAGCUAAAACCCUAGUAAAUCAAAUUUCAUCUUGAAAAUCUCGAUCUCAAGUUUUUUCUGUUUUUCCAUCCGGUCCAUACAAUGGUGGUCUGUAAAUGCCGCAAGGCCACCAAACUAUACUGUUUCGUGCACAAGGUCCCAGUUUGUGGGCAAUGCAUAUGCUUUCCAGAGCACCAAAUUUGUGUGGUACGCACAUACUCAGAGUGGGUAAUUGAUGGAGAGUAUGAUUGGCCUACUAAAUGUUGCCAUUGUCAGGCUGUGCUUGAAGAGGGAAGCGAUCCUCAGACUACUCGAUUGGGUUGCUUGCAUGUCAUCCACACAAAUUGUUUGGUUUCACAUAUUAAAAGUUUCCCUCCACAAACUGCUUCCGCUGGAUAUGUCUGUCCAGUUUGUUCUACUUCGAUAUGGCCUCCUAAAAGUGUCAAAGAUUCUGGAUCUCAUCUUCAUUCAAAGCUAAAGGAAGCAAUUAUGCUGACUGGCUUGGAGAAGAACUUGUUUGGGAAUCAUCCAGUUUCAUUGCCAGGGACGGAGCCCCGAAGUCCUCCACCUGCGUUUGCUUCAGAUCCACUGAUGCAUGCCUCUGCUGAUGGAAAAGAUGUGGCUUCUACCAGGACUGGUUAUACAAAUCCUGCACAUUUGGAGAUUGUGGAGAUAGAUGGGCCUGCCUCAGCAACGUCAUCACUGUCUAAUCAUGAGCACAGUUUCAUGAAAAACACAAGUCCUACUGCUCCUGUUGCCAUGACACGAAAAAAUGCUGUUCAAGUUGAGAGGCAAAAUUCUGAGGCUUUAUAUUAUGCAGAUGAUGAAGAUGGGAACCAGAAGAAGUACACUCGAAGAGGUACAUUCCGCCAUAAGAUUCUCAGGUCAUUGCUACCUUUCUGGUCUAGCGCAUUGCCGACUCUACCAGUGACUGCACCACCGCGAAAAGAUACAUCGAAUGCAGAUGAAGUACCUGAAGGUCGCACAAGACAUCAUAGAUCUUCAAGGAUGGAUCCAAGGAAACUCCUCCUAAUUAUAGCUAUAAUGGCUUGCAUGGCAACAAUGGGUAUUCUGUAUUACAGAAUUGCACAACGAGGUCUGGAUGAUGCAUUGCCUGAUGAAGAAUAGCAGCGAUCAAUAUUGAUAAAGCCGUGUUUGGUGGCUGCAGGAAGAAUAGGAUAUUACUCUGCUUUGCUGCUUUGUUUGUUAUUCAGAUCUUCCUUCUGGCAAAUAUGGCUGUUUUUGUGUUGAACACUACUGUUUUCUGGAGCUAGAUCUUACAAACUCUACUGCCCAUUAGAUGUCCUACUUCUCUCUUUGUUCUUUUGUAACUUUUUUUCUUGCUACGGUUUAGAUUUAAACUGGAAUAUAAGAUUUCGAAGAAAUUCCUUAUUCUUCAUAUUUAUCUGAAAUUGCUAUUUUUUACAAA